AUGGCUCGUCCUUUCCGAUUCGUUUCUCUCUUCCGGCCACCUCGUCCGCGCCCGCCUCUUGUCUCUCUCGCCACACCCGUCCCCCUUUACUUUACUCUCUCUCGUACUGCACGUCAAGUAAAUAGCGACAUCAAUCUCAGCAGUCCACCAUGGAUAGCGCAGGAAGAUCACCGCCGAAGGUCUCCUCAGAGAGGUCCGGAUGGGCUCUACCAGCCCCUCGAGCAGGUUUAUCCCCUCCCACCCUCUCCUGGUUCCUUCGACACCGGCGCGCCAUCUCCCCCUCCAGUUGACGACCUCACUUGGCCGCGUGUAACACAAGAUGACACUCUCUCCGAGAGGCGACUCUCGCCUCGUCCCACCCAGAAGGAGUCCGCUUUCUUGCGCACGCCCUCCACAACCUCCGUCACCCAUCAGCUUGCCCGCAUGUCCGCCGUCGAACGUUCCCGUAGUUACAAGGUGGCACAGAUGAAUCCCCACCUCCAGCUCAUGGCAGGUCCUCUCCUGCGCUAUGAUACCGUCAACGAAAACAGCGUCUGGUUCGGCGCGGCUAUGGUCGUUACUGCGGACGCCGGGUCUUCUUACGACCCAACUCCUACACUCACAUAUUCUUGGGACCCUAACGCACCGCUCAGGACUCCGGGCAACGGCACCCCCAGGUCCCACCGCGGGUACUCCGUCGACCUUGCUCCCCAUCCGGCCGACCCCCUGUCGAGCGCCAAGUGCGCAUCAGAACAGGAACACAGCCCUGAUACAAUUAUCAAAGUCGCUCAUGGGGAAGAAAUAUACGUAUACGAAGGACCUGGCGGCACCAACACAUUUUGGCGCUUCAUGCUAGAAAUUCCACUCGGCCGUAACGAAAUGCGCAUCAACUACAGUCUCAACAGCGGACUUACGAUGCAAUUCCAUGUCCCCGCCCGCUCGCAGAAUAUGCGCUGGGCUGCCUACUCCUGCAAUGGCUUCAGUGCAGGUGUGAACCCAAGUGACUUCUGCGGGCCUGGGUUCCGGAGCGGAUACGACCCUGUUUGGGUAGAUCUACUCGAGCAGCAUGCGGCGCAGCCAUUCCACGCGCUCGUCGGCGGGGGCGACCAACUCUAUUGCGACGGCGUCGUGCGCGAGCCGGAGAUGCAAGAGUGGCUGAACCUCCCGCAGGGCGAACGCAAGCGCGCGUACGCCGUCACGGACGAGAUGUGUACGGCAAUCGACAGGUUUUAUUUCAACCAUUAUUGCCAGACGUUCAGGAGUGGUGCGUUCGCGAGGGCGAAUAGCUCAAUACCGAUGGUCAAUAUGCUUGAUGAUCAUGAUCUGGUGAGCCCUGUGGUCAUCAUGGCACGGUUUUUAUCCGGACGUGCUUAUGGGAUCGUCCGUGUUUUCAAUGGACCCGGGGGUACUUUUACUUUCUCCUCUUCCAGUGCUUCAUCUGCAGUGCGUCCUUCCGCCAUCUCUAACUUUUCAUUUUUAUCAAGCUUCACCGUAGCUGACGUGGAUGGACGGGACGGCCGAGCACAUCCGUUCAAGUCACACGUCCUUGGCGCAAGGGGGCCGUUCAUUCCAUAUCCCUCCCACUCCAUCGUCACGUAUCUAGGACCAGAGGUCUGGAUGCUGCUGCUUGACUGCCGGGCGGAGAGGAAGAAAGACAGGGUGUGCAGUCCGCAAGAGUACCAGGUGGUGCUGGAUCGUAUAUGCGCCCUGCCAGGCACCGUCCAGCAUCUCGUCAUUCAGCUCGGCAUCCCAAUCGCGUACCCCCGGAUGGUCUUCCUCGAGAACGUGUUGGAAUCAAAAAUGAAUCCUCUGGUGGCAUUGGGGAAAUCAGGGGCGCUAGGGCUGGCGAGCUUGGUGAACAAGUUCAACUCGGAUGCGGAGCUGCUGGAUGAUUUGCGCGAGCGUAACUGGUUUAUUGAACAGGUACAGGCGAUAGCGCAGAAAAAGCGCGUCCGGGUGACGUUCCUGUCUGGCGACGUGCACUGCGCGGCUGUCGGGCUCCUAAAGACGCUGCGCAAAGGCAAGGAGACGGAGAUCCCGCCGGCGAUGGAUCAUCGGUAUAUGAUCAACGUCGUUUCUAGCGCGAUUGUCAAUACGCCGCCGCCCAAAGGUGUGCUCACCAUGGUGUCGACCCUCGCGACGAAGACACACCGGACGCUGCAUCACCUCCAGACAGACGAGACGAUGAUCCCGCUGUUUGACAAAGACACGAACGGGCAGUCGCCGAAAAGCAAAUACAUCAUGGGGCGGCGGAACUGGUGUGCCGUGCGCAGCGACCGGGGCACCGGAGAGCUGGUGUUUAAUAUUCGGGUCGAGAUCGAGAAGGGGGGCGGACGAACAGUCGGCUAUGCUGUCCGAGCGCCGCCGCCCCGAUGGAGUUGA